GAUGUUGAUGAAUGUUUGUAACAGUCCUUGUCACGACAACGCAACUUGCACCAACACAGACGGGUCUUUCAGUUGUGCGUGCUCAGAUGGAUAUACAGGAGACGGGUUUUGACUGCACAGUUGUUAUCUUGACACCGACUGUCAUCACUCCAAGCCCAACACAAACUACUGUCGCACCGAGUCCAACAGAAUCCAUCCUCACACCUACCCCAACACCAUCUUCUGUCGCUCUAAGCCCAACGCCAUCUACUGUGGCACCAAGCCCAGCACCAUCUACUGUGGCACCAAGCCUAGCACCAUCUACCCUGGUACCAAGCCCAACACUAUCUACCGUGGUACCAAGCCUAACGCCAUCUACCGUGGUACCAACCCUAACACCAUCUGCCGCGGCACCAAGCCUAACACCAUCUAUUGUGGCAUCAUCCCUAACACCAUCUGCCGUUGCACCAACCCUAACACCAUCUAUUGUGGUACCAACCCUAACAGCAUCUACCAUGGUACCAAGCUUAACAUCAUCUACCGUCGCACCAAGCCCAACUCAAACUACCGUCGCGCCUAGCGAAACGGCAGAUACCGUUACACCAACACAGAUCAGCAUUGUCCCGACCACGGCAAUAAGCCCAACAGUGAUUUCUGUCGCCCCAAGCCCAACACCAACCUCUAUCGCUCCCAGCCCAACACCAGAUACAAUCGUACCUAGUCCAACACCAGAUACCAUCGCACCAAGUCCAACACCAGAUACCAUCGUACCUAGUCCAACACCAGAUACCAUCGUGCCAAGUCCAACACCAGAUACCAUCGCACCAAGUCCAACACCAGAUACCAUCGUCCCUAGUCCAACACCAGAUACCAUCGUGCCAAGUCCAACACCAGAUACCAUCGUACCUAGUCCAACACCAGAUACCAUCGUACCUAGUCCAACACCAGAUACUAUCGUACCUAGUCCAACACCAGAUACCAUCGUACCUACUCCAACACCCAGCACUCUCAGUGUCGCCCCAACGCUUGUUUCCAUCACUGCAAGCCCAUCAGAUACCAUUGCACCAAGCCCAUCACUGAGUGCCGUAGCCCCAAGCCCGACACUCAGUAUCAGCGUCCCAACUCCUUCACUGAGUCCCGUUACCCCAGGUGAAACAGAGACAACCAUUGCCCCAAGUCCAACAGCGAGUGUGGCCCCAAGUCCAACAGCGAGUGUGGCCCCAAGUCCCAACACCUAGUGAUGCCGCAAGUCCAUCACCAAGUGAGCCGCAACUCCAACACCAAGUGAGGCCGCAACUCCAACACCAAGUGAGACCGCAAGUCCAUCACCAAGUGAG